AUGGAAAUAACAAGAAAGAAUUUUGCCGCCCAGUUUGAUAACAUUACGAGGGAUUUGAAAAAGUCGUGUUUUGUUGGUUUUGAUGCCGAGUUCACCGCUAUACUGUCUGGAGAUUGCUUUAAAUACAGGUUAUUUGAUACGAAUGAAGAGCGGUAUAAUCAAAUAAAAAAUGAUGUAGGCCAAAUGAUCAUGACCCAGGUUGGGUUAACCAUGUUCCAGUAUGAAAGAGACUUGGAUACGUAUGUGGCUAAAGGAUACACCUUUCAUCUUGGUCCACAAGUGUUUGGAGACAUUGACCAGUCUUUCAUAUUUCAAGCAUCUACUCUCAAGUUUUUGUGUAGGCAUAAUUUCGAUUUCAAUAAGUUCACCUAUGAAGGUCUACCUUACCUGAACAAAGAAGAAGAGAUUAGAGUGAGACAUUUACUCAAAGAAAAUUCCCAGUUCAAUAAUCUGGCUUCCACCCUUGAUAUGGCAGAUGAGAAAAUGCUGCAACAACAUUGUUCUGAAGUUUCGAAAUGGUUAUGCAUAGGUGAUGAUGGUACCAUGUAUUUAGAUGUGGAGAGUCCAACAUUAAGGUACAUUGUUCACAAUGAAGUGAGAAUCCGGUUUCCCGGUGUACUUACUACAGAUAGCCUAGGUAAUAGCCACAAGGUCCUUAUAUACAGGGAUAAAUAUGUAGAAGGUGCGAACAAUGCACCAGUGGCAAUAUUAGAAGACAACCUAAUGAAUCAUCUACUAGGAUUUUCACAAAUCAUAUCUCUACUAGCCACUUAUCAGAAGCCUAUUAUAGGACAUAAUAUGUUCCUUGACAUUGUAUUAUUACACACGCAGUUCAUUGGACCAUUACCUAUGAAAUAUAGCAAGUUCAAAAAGAAUAUUCAUGAAAUGUUCCCUGUAAUAUUUGAUACGAAACUGAUUUCUCAUGAAAUGGGGAAAAAGCUAACGUUUGAUGAAGUAUGGAAGUCUAACGUAUUACAAGAUUUGUAUGAAUUCUUCUCUGAGGGAAAAUGUAAGAAGUUGCAGACCGGGGUGAAUCUUAUAAAAUUGAGUACGCCUUUUGACGUGAAGCAGACGUACCACGAAGCUGGGUGGGACUCGUAUUGUUCAGGAUACUGCUUUAUCAGACUAGGCCAUUGGGCAGCGUGUGAGAACAGCGGCAAGUACCGUCCGGUUGGCCCAACGGAAAAAAUUGCUGCUCUUGCGCCGUAUUGCAACAGGAUCAAUAUCAUACGCGGGGCUAUUCCUUAUAUGAGUAUCGUGGGCGACGACCCGCCACGCCACCGUCCUGAGUGGCUACACGUAAAAGCGCUUAAUGAACGGGUCAUAAACGUUGGAAAGGUGGCGUCGGCGCUGGCGAGUUUCGGCUCUAUAGACAUAAAGCCUUACGGCAACCGGACUGCUCUCAUAGCAGCUAACUCACAAUUUACUGUUAACAACAUUCUGAAACAGUUCAAAAACAGUCAGGAGUACAGAAUAUCGCCGUUCAGCGUAUACAGACACUCUGUUGCGGGACAAGUAGCUAUGUGGGGGGUUGCGACAAUCGCAGGCAGUUUGGUGCUAUAUUUGUUACAUAAGAAAGUAAAAUGAUGUCAGACCAUUGUACAAAGUAGCUAGGUGUAAACAUUGUUGAUUAUUGAUUAUAAAUCACACAUAUUUCUUGUUAUAUUUUCUAAGUUUAAAAGUACCUUAUCAUAAUAAACGUAA